AUGGCCGCAACUGUAAUACCGGUGACAAGAACUCGAGUAUUGCACAAAAAUGGCUGCCCUUCUAAGUGUGGGAAUCUAAAUAUACCAUUCCCAUUUGGCACGAAGGAAGGCUGUUUUCUAAACGAGAACUUCCAUAUCAACUGCAGUGAAUCAGCCACCUCCUCCAUAGCCUACUUAGCAAACACUGAUUUUAUCGUCACCGAUAUCACCAUGGAAGGUCAGUUGCAGAUCUUAACCACAGUCGCUCGAGAUUGUUACGAUGCUUCCGGGGACCAAGCGAUCCCACAGACAACGUUUUUGUCUCCCUUUUCGAUUUACAAUGUCUCAAGCACCCGAAAUAAGUUCACUGCCAUCGGAUGCGACACUUACGCAUAUCUCUAUGGAUUCAUCGGAAACAAAAGUUACACUGCCGGAUGUAUGUCCAUAUGUAAUCGGUUCGAGGACUUGGUCAAUGGAUCUUGUUCGGGAUUCGGAUGUUGCCAGAUUCAGAUUCCUGAUGGACUGAAAGCUGUUUAUGUGGAAGCUUAUAGCUUUAAAAAACAUGUUAAUGUGUCGGAUUUUAACCGUUGCAGCUAUGCUUUUAUCGUUGAAGAAAGUGGAUUUCGGUUCUCUUCGGAUUAUGUUCGAUCCAUACCUCUCGAUCAGAAAUUUCCGGUGUCCCUCGAUUGGCUUGUAAGCAACGAGACAUGUGACGAAGCUGCUAAGAAUCCAUCUUACGCAUGUCAUCAGAGCGAGUGUUACGAACCUGUCAUUGGUUCGGGAUAUCUUUGCAAAUGUCCAGACGGUUUCGAUGGGAAUCCAUACCUCCCUGAAGGAUGUUUAGAUGUCGAUGAGUGCAAGAUUUGGAGCCCCUGUGACGAAAAUGCAAUAUGCUACAAUUUACCAGGAAGUUUCAACUGUCUUUGUAAAGGUGGAUAUGAAGGAGAUGGAAAAAGAUAUGGAACAGGUUGCAGUCCUAUUGAUGAACAAGGCUUUCCCUUCCUUGUCAUCGGUCUAGGUGUAAGCAUAGGCCUUUUAGUGGUCAUAUUAAGCAUUUCCUGGACAUAUUGGGGACUUUGGAAAAGAAAACUCAUCAGACAAAGAGAACAGUUCUUCCUACAAAAUGGUGGAAUUAUCUUACGACAAGAAUUUUCAAAGCUUAAAGGUCCUGUUUCAGCCAAGAUUUUCACGUCAGAAGAGCUCAAGAAGGCAACAAACAACUUCCAUGAAACUCGAAUUCUAGGCAAAGGAGGCCAAGGAACGGUUUAUAAAGGAAUACUGCAAGACCACAGAGUUGUCGCCAUUAAAAAAUCCAUGAUUGCAGAUCGCAGUCAAGUCGAACAGUUUGUUAAUGAAGUCAUUGUUCUUUCUCAGGUUAACCAUAGAAAUGUGGUUAAGCUCUUGGGAUGUUGUUUAGAGACCGAAGUCCCUUUGUUGGUUUACGAAUUUAUAUCCAAUGGUACCCUUUACCAACGCUUGCAUUGUCCGGGCAAUGCAUCUUUGUCCUGGGAAUGUCGGUUGAGAAUCGCAGCUGAAACUGCCGGAGCACUCUCGUAUUUGCACUCGGCUGCUUAUCCUCCUAUUAUACAUAGAGAUGUCAAGUCUACUAAUAUUCUUCUAGACGAGCAUUACGUUGCAAAAGUGUCAGAUUUUGGAGCUUCGAGGUUAGUUCCUUUGGAUCAAACACAGUUAACCACAUUGGUGCAAGGGACGCUUGGUUACUUAGACCCGGAGUACUUUCAAUCGAGUCAGUUGACUGAAAAGAGUGAUGUGUAUAGCUUUGGAGUUGUACUUGCAGAGUUAUUGACUGGGAGAAAGGCACUUAGUUUUCUAAUGCCGGAAGAGGAGCGGAAUCUAGCAAUGCAGUUUGUUUCUGCACUGAAGAAGGAUCGAUUAUUUGGGAUUAUAGAUCAUCAUGUGCUAGCUGAGGGGAACACUACACAGAUAAAGGAAGUUUCCAUGUUGGCAAACAGGUGCUUAAGAGUUAGAGGAGAAGAUAGGCCUUCAAUGAAGGAAGUUGCAAUGGAAUUGGACAGUCUAAGAACAAUGCUAAAGCAUCCUUGGAUGAAAAAUUAUUCGAAGGAGACCGAGUCUUUGCUCGGCGAACUUUCGGGAACUAAUUCUCAGAGUAACAAAAGCAGUCCGUCCGACUAUGACAGUAGGCAGCAAAUCGUAUUGCAUGGUCGGUAA